AUGGCUGAGGAGUUUGUUAAGGAGAAUUUUGGAGAUACACCUCACGAGUCUCAUGAAGUUGAUGUCCACUCUUACAACGAAUUUGGCAUCUCACCAGAACAGUCUCCUCGUGGUGGGCCUGCGCCGUUUGAACUUCCUCCCGCGAGACAACGCGAGACACUCUCUGGCACUUUUGAGGACACAGAAGGCAAUCUAUCACAUCAUUCGCAUGUCGAUAAUCCAAACAUAAUUGCUUCAAGCUCAAUCCUUUCAGCACAUCGAAUCCAUGAAGGCAAUGAAGAAGAUGAAGAGCCAGAUAUUGAGAAACAUGCAGAUGGCGAACCGAGAGACCCGCGACUAUUGCAGGGUAAAGCAAACACCUCUACCUUUGAUGCCCCUACAAAAUCAUCAAUGGCAAAGCAAAAUGAGAAGGUGGAUCUUCCAUCCACUGUAAGAAAGACGUCAACAAUAAGUAGUAGCAACCAAACAACACGGCUAGACUCCCUGCGGCGUCAGCGAUCGUUGUUUUCCGAGGGUCGUGGAGGUCCUAGUUAUCUCGGGAAUACUUCCUCGGUAGCCAUUUCCAGGCCUGGAUUUGAGCGAACGUCUAGCAGUGGACGCGAAGAGACUGUAGAGAUACCAAAUCUCAUAGUUCGUAGCCCUGGAAAAUCGAGGCGCCGUAUGCAGCGCAGCCACACACUUGAUCCAUUUCAUCUUGAGUCAUUCACUUCGUCGUCAGAUACGGCUUCCACCAGCAAGGCUUUACAUGUCAUAGCAGAUGCCAAUCAACCUAGGGAAGGCAAUUCCAGCUUUCAAGGAUACUUUGACGACGCUGUCCGGGACCAGUAUAUAAAACCCGAGAAACAACUGCAAGCUGUCCAGGACCAGGACAAUGAAUCUCUCCCUGAACGACAAAUUUCACUGGAGGAUUAUGCACAGCUCCAGGAGAAGAACAAUGAGCUAGUUUGCCAAGUGGUGGAAUUGGAAAAUCGCAUUGAAACAUGCUACCUGCAAGACAAGGCCCCUGACAAUCUCGAGGAUGCCCUUAUCGAAAUUGCAUUGCUUCGAGCGGCUGGCCUGAACGUGAAGAAGGCGGAAGAAGAGAUGGAGGAUGCGAGGGCUUGGGCUCAACAAACUGACGACGAAUUAAUGCAGCUGAAAGAUGAUCUAGAAUUUUUGGAAAGCUGUGUCAAAGAAAGGUUUGCGAGCCUAGUCAAUGGUACAAAUGAGUCAGCCCUGGUCAGGGGCAAAAUACAAUUCGGAGAUUUUGCCUCUGUGGCGAAUUAUCACGCUGCUUCACUUCUCCAGCUCUUUCAGGAGUUUGAAAAAGCUAUUGAAGCACUAAAAGAGGAAAACUAUCAGCUAAAUGGGAAGCUAGAUAUGGAGAUACGUCUGUCCAAGUAUUUGAGCGAGAAGAAGACGAGUAGUAUAGGCUCCGGGUCUGCACUUACUUUUCAGAAUCAGAAACUGUAUGAAGAAGAACAAAAGAAGCGCAAGAGCUUGGAAGCAAAGCUCCAGGACUUUCAAGACGUUGCAGCUGCAUCAAUGGAUCGCGAGUUGAAGCUAGAAAUCACCAAACUUAAAAACGAGUUGGCAGAGUUCCAACUGGAAGCCAGUAAACACCAAGCCAACGCACGGCUUUGGCAGGAGGAGUCUAGGAUCGCAAGACACGAACUGGAAAAGCGCAAUCGGGGAUUUAAAGAAGAGAAUGACUCACAGAAAAAGGAGAUGCGAUUGUAUAUCAAAGACUACUACAACAAGACAAAGGAUGCGUCGCACUGGAAUCUGCGCGACUUACAGACGGAGAUUGCAACACUAGAAAGCCAGCUUCAAAAAACGACUAGCCAAUUCAGCGCCACGAAGAGCGAAAACGCCUGUCUGAGAGAGGAAAUUGAGGAACUAUAUCAGAAACUCCAGGGAACGGAACGCUUCAUCAACGAGGGACUCGUGUACGCCGACAUCGACUUUACCCCUUCAUCCUUGCCACCCGACCCCGAUCCCGACAUUACCUCAUCCUCGACUGCCCGCUCUUCAUCGCCAAUAUCCUGGCUCGCGACCCGCGACUUCAAGAGAUCUGUGCCCCGGUACCCGCCGCGUUUUGUUUUGAAGCAACAGCAGUACGAGGCGGCCAUGGUGCAAUUCCGACAGAAGCAGGAGGCGCGGAGGCGGGUUGAAGAUGAUGCGUUGGAUGAUCUUAUGGAGAAAUUAAGGAGGUAUAGGAUGGGUGUGCUGGGUGUGAGGUAUCCGCCGUCUAAAGGGACUGGCUGGGAAGCCGUGAGGAAGAAGAGUUUGUGGGACAGGUGGGAUGGUGAGGGAUGGACGAGAGAGGUUCAGCUUUCGAAGACGGAGGAGAGAUUGGCUAGAGAAUUGAAGGGGAAAGGGGGGAUGGGUAUAGGAGAUUUCUGA